UUCCUGGUUGAAAUCUCACGCGCGCCCCCGCGAUUCUCAGCCAAACCUCUUGCCAAGAACCGAAGCGAACGAUCCCGGGACCCAGAUUCCCCUCACUCAUCCAGCAGAAAUGUGGAAGUCUGCAGUGGGCCAUAAUGUCAAGGUGGAAGUAGAGAAAGAUGGAGAUGAUUGGGAAACAGAUCCUGACUUUGUUAAUGAUAUUUCAGAGCAGGAGCAGCGAUGGGGAGCAAAGACUGUUGAUGGGUCAGGCCGGCCGCAGCACAUCAAUGUCCAUGAGCUGAGGCAGAAUGUCUCAAAAGAUCAUGAAACAAUAAAGAAGAAGGAGCUGGAGGAAGGAGCAAAAGCAUCAUACGGGUAUGGCGGGAAAUUUGGGGUCCAGAAGGAUCGAAUGGACAAGUCUGCCUUGGGAAAUGAGUACGUAGCAGAUGUUGAAAAGCAUUCGUCACAAACGGAUGCAGCCAAGGGAUUCGGUGGGAAGUACGGAGUUCAAAGAGACCGGACAGAUAAGUCUGCUGUGGGAUAUGAAUACAAAGGAGAAGUGGACAAGCAUGCUUCACAAAAAGAUUAUGCCAAAGGAUUUGGAGGGAAGUACGGAGUUGAAAAGGACAAGGUGGAUAAAUCUGCUUUGGGAUACGACUACAAAGGAACAACUGAGAAACAUGAUUCACAGAAAGAUUAUGCCAAAGGAUUUGGAGGGAAGUAUGGAGUUGAAAAGGACAAGGUGGAUAAGUCUGCUUUGGGAUAUGACUACAAAGGAGUGACUGAGAAACAUGAUUCACAGAAAGAUUAUGCAAAAGGAUUUGGAGGGAAAUAUGGAGUACAGAAGGACCACCAGGAUAAAACUGCCCAUGGUUGGGAUCAUAAGGAGGAGGUGAAGCUUCAUGAAUCACAGACAGAUUACGCCAAGGGCUUCGGUGGGCGAUAUGGUGUACAGCAGGACCGGAUGGACAAGAACGCUGCCUCUUUCACUGAGAUGGAGAGUCCAACCUCGUCCUAUCAAAAGACAAAGCCAGUGGAAGCUGCCAGCAGUGGUGCAAGUAGCCUGAAGGCCAGGUUCGAGAACAUGGCUAAAGCCAGUGAAGAAGAGAACAAGAAGCGAGCAGAGGAGGAGAAGGCUCGGAGACAAGCCCGAGACAAACGGGAGCGGGAGGAGGCACAAAGGAAGCAGCAAGAGGAAGUGUACCAGGAGGAAGAGGCAGAAAUACAAGAGCCAGAGCAGGAGGAAGCGGCAGAAAUACAAGAACCAGAGAAGUCAAAACAGCCUCAGCCUGUUCCUCGAAGCCGGGGUCAAAAACCAAUUAAUGAGCCUGAGCCUGAGCCUGAGCCUGAGCCUGAGCCAGAGGAAACCCCUGUCUACGACAGUCCUGAGUCUUACCAGGAGCAAGUGACUGGUGAAGACUAUGAAAACAUUGUGGACUGUUAUCAGCAAACAGUCCCGAAGGAAGAUGCGAAUGAUCAGGGAGACUAUGAAGAGCUGGCCCCAGUCAAUACAGUGGCCAACACUGAUGCACAGAAUGUUUACGACAUUGCCAGUAGUGGUGUGACUGCAGUAGCUUUGUAUGAUUACCAAGGAGAGGGUGACGAUGAAAUCUCUUUCGAUCCCAAAGACAUCAUCACAAACAUUGAGAUGGUUGACGAGGGCUGGUGGCAGGGCCAAUGCAACGGCAAAAUUGGACUUUUCCCAGCCAAUUAUGUGGAGCUGAUACAGUGAACAUGGACCAAUGCGAAUGAAGUUCAUUUCACCUUUAUCCAUCAAUACCAAACCUCCCGGCAUUGGAGUUAAAACUCACCAAGAUUUUAAUAAUUUUGCACCUGCUAAACAUAAAUAAUUCUUUUUCUUUCUCAUUAAAACCCAAAUUCUGCUGUUCCCAUGAAUGAAACCAUUACCAUACUGCAGAUUCCAGCUCAGAAAAUUGGAAUGCUGGCUACUGAUGUAUCACCAUUGCUAAUUCAGAGUUACUUAUUCAAAUUCUAUUUCCCUGUAUCCUUUUACGUUUUCCUUUCCAAAUUCUUUUCUAAUUGCCAAAGUUGCUGGCUUUUCCGAAGGAGCAAAUUCCUUGACUUUCCAUUUAUCAUUCUUCUAUUUAGUGUGGAAUAAUGAGUUUCUAGGUUAGAAUUGCUCACCACACACUCAACUGACAGUUACUCAUCUGCAAAUAAUGAAGUAUUUUCUGUCAGGCUCCUUGCAGUCUACUUAUCUCAUGAUAAAACUGAUCCUCCAUGUGUUCCUCAUUCAGACACAAACUAGGUGAAUAAACAUUGUGAUAAUAGUUUGUUAUUAAUUUGCUCCAUUGCUCCAUUCCAUCUCCAUCUUCAAGACACUUAUUAUGAUUGACAGGAUGCCCAAUUGUCUUGUAUUUGUUCCUUGUUCCGACAAUUUGUCCCAUGCCCCUUAAAGAGAUGUCUUUUAUGCCCGAUUUCUAGUGAAGACUGUGGAUUUGAUUUAUUAUUGUCACAUGCGCAUAGGUACAGUGACAAGUUUUGUUUUGCAUGCAGUACAGGCAGAUCACAUAGUGUUGAAGUUGGAGCUGUAGUCAAUAAGUAGAAGCCUGGUGUGGGUAUCCUUAUUGUCCAGAUGUUUCAGGGAUGAGUGUAGGGCUAGGGAAAUGGAAGACUAAGCCUGGGAGUAUUUUUGUUGACUUUUCCUCUUAGUGUGCACUGUAUGUCUGUCAGCCACCAGUGGGAAUGAUCACCAGCGAAUCCACCCCCCCCCCCCCCCCCCCCCCCCCGGUCCUAGUCCCAAGCGCAGGCAUGUCCUAUACUUUAUUUCACAUGAGUUGGUCAAGUUGAUGAUCAACAUUUUUCCUUUUGAAUUUUCUUCACUCGCUCAUGAUCUAAAUUGGCAGCAGAUGUCCCUAUACAUUACUGUAUUGUCUCUGACCCCAUCAACCAAGAUUCAACUGGUCACUUUGCAGUUAGGCAUUUCUUAAAUGGAUAGUGACUGUUCACCUUGAAUCAUAACAUUGUGAUGAUGACGGCUGGCCCUUGUGAACAAAUGCAAACCAUUCUCCAUGUUGCUGAACUAACAAAACAAUCAGGGACCUGUGAGGUUAGCUCACAAUGCUUCAUGAUGCUGGAAUUAUAAGUUGACUUUGCAUAUGCUGAAUUAAAAAAUGUUCAAAUUUUCAUUCGAUUCUUUUUGAAAUGUUGUCAUGGUGUCUGCCUAAUAGUUACUGGAAAUA